CCAGCGCUGCUGCACAAAAACAUCACGGGCGGCUGCUGCAGCUGUGUGCUCCAACGCACAUGGUAGUGUGCAAGCGUCAACUUUUUUUUCCAACUUUAAAGCUUUCUUUCUUUGCUGAAAAAGCACCCCGUUUGGACGAAGUAGCGCUAGAAAACACCCUGGAAAGAGCUGCGACUUUUUGAUAUAUAUUUUUUAUAUCGACUCGACUUUUGAAAAGCGAGCAUGUCGUCUGGCGCAAAGCAAGCGAAAAGCUGCCCGAUCCCCACCCGGGUCCUCACCCUGAAGGACUGGUCCCAGCUGCCUGACUGCUACAGCCAGACCCCCGGGGGGACCCUCUUCUCCACCACGCCAGGAGGUACUCGCAUCAUCUACGACAGGAAGUUCCUCCUGGAAUGCCGAAAUUCCCCUCUCGCCAGGACCCCCCCAUGUUGUCUGCCUCAGAUCCCAGGGGUCACCAUCCCAGCCACACACUCCAUCGGGAAACUGCAGGACCUGAAAGAGGAGGAAGAGAAGGAUACAGCAGAUGACAGCCAGUUUGAGAUGGAUAUUUAAGCUCCAGAUUUGCCUCCUGUGGAGAGUUUUUGGUUAAAUGCCUUAAAGGUCAUAAAUGACUCUAAUGCAUUAAUUAUAUAUAAAAAAAGAAAUCAUUAUUCCUCUUUUUUUUCCGUUUACAAAUACUUUUGUCAAACCCAAAUGGAUGUUUGGAACUGUGGGGUGAUUUUGUGUUCCUCUCACAAUGAAUUGAUUACUUGCUCGCUAACUGCAACGAUACAGCAGUACAUGGAAGUGGAAAAAAAACUUUUUUUUUUGAAUAACUUUUUUAUCUUUUGUAAAUAGGAAAUUUGUACAAUGUAGCAUGUUUUUUUUAAGUUGAGGGAAAUGAUUACAUUAAGAGAUGUAUGGAAGGGAUUAAUGCAUCAGCCUUGUGUGAAGCCACAAACAGGAAGGCUAACUUAGUUUGAAGCGAGUGAGCCUGCGGAUCAUCGGACAUUUAUUUUGUAUGAAAGGAAUGAUGAUGUGAGGAUUUCAAAAUAAAGGCAGUGAAAAUGUGAAA